AAUAUUCGUAAAGAUCUUUCUCUCGCCGAAUCUAAUGCUAUGAAUGAUAUAAAAUCCAAAAAAAUUAGAUCGCUUGAGACUAUGAUCAAAAUAUUGGAAGCUGAAGUAGAACAAAUGAAAAGUGAACUGUUAUCAAAAAUUA